AGAGUGAUGCCUUACCUUCAGCUGAAAUGUUAGAUUGCAAAUUGAACAUUGACACACCUGUUGAGCAAAACUCAAAGGAGGUAUCAGCAGAAACAAAGCCUGCAGAGGAAAAUAUUGUGAAAGAGUCGGAUUCUAUCUCUGUGAAGGAUACAUGUGAACAGGGCAAUGAGCCAACAGCUUCUAGUGAAAGUGGGAAGUUGGAAAAUGGCAUCCACAAGCCAGAAGAAAGUUUGACUGAAAACUCAUCAAAUGUUGAAGACAAACACAGUUCUUCGGAUGAAACUUCAAAAUGCGUUUCGGAUACAGCUGGAAGUAAUAAUACCGAAAGUAGCAAUCAAAGCUGUGAAAAUGAACCAAGUUCAGAUUCCAGCGUGUGUCUGAAGGCACCAACGGAAGAAAGGAAAACAGUAGAUGAAAAUGUUCCAAUAAAGAGUGUUAACACUGAUCUCAAAGUUUCUUCAUGUAUCCCUGAUAAGACUGGAGAAAGUGCCCCCAAAGACAAAAACGAAAACCAAACAGAGGUAGACGAGAAAGCAUUGAUGAUCAGUGAAAGCGUGGCCAUUUCUCCACAGCAAAGCUACCACGGUGAUAACCUUCCCACAAAUCGGACAAAGUGCAAGCAGAAAGCACGCAAAUCCAGUAAACCGUUUAGACAAGUGCUGUCAGUGUCCAGUGUGAAAACGGUCAAUCUGGCCCCCAUAGCUAACGUCCGGGUCAAACUGCCAGACAUCGAAAGUGCUCUGAGCUUGCCAGGUAAACCUCUUGAGAAUGCCAAAUUAGUGCAUGCUAAGAAAGCUGCUGUGCAUGAGAUACCUUCAUCUGAGCCAGUUUUAAUCUCUUCUUCUUUACCUCCAGCAGAGGAGAAGGCGCACUCUGAAAAGCUUUUGCCAGUGACAACGCACGCUGCCAUGAACUCCCGUGUCAGACAUCAGCGAAAGCGGAUUCGCCGAUGGGGGAAGGGAGACUUGCCUUUACGGAAGACCAAAAAGAAACGCCUGGUUCGUGCCAAUAACACCGUGGCUGCUACUGCCACUGCAGUAGGCAAUUCUGUUGCACCUCUGGAACAUGUGGUGGAAAAUAAAUGUGGCAGCGAAACAGAGAAUGACCAAAUUAGGUCGAACCAGUUGGAACCCCUUAGCGAAAAGCAAGCUCUUGUAAUGAGACAAAAACCAACUCCGACAAUUUUGCAACUUUUGACAAAAAGCGCACCAUACCGACCAAGAUUGAAUUCGUGCAAAACACUGUCAAUGCUCAGAGCUAAAAGACUGCGGCCUAGUGGUUCAGAGAGAUCUGGUAAAACUGUAGCUGAGCUUCUGAUGGAAAGUAAUAGCCGUAAAAUUCAGGUGACAAAAGAUCAUCAAACUGUGAGAAAUGGGCCUGGCUCUUUGCAGGCUCGUUUGGGACAAGCUGGUUCCUUAAACUCAGAAGGUGUGUUGAUAACAUCACCAGGUCUGGGGUUAGGACGCCGGGUCAGUCUCAGGAAGAGGAAACCUACAGAAGAGGAAGAUGGCUGUUUCUCACCAGUGCGUGACAGUACCAUCAUGGCAACUCCAGGAUCAGGCAGCAAGAAAAGGAAAAUGUGCACUCCAGAGAGAGUAGUGUCGGGUGGUGAGAAGUGGCAAAAGGGAGAUGACUACGAGAUUCCCGAGGCUGACCAAGGCACAGGAGACAGCCCAGACUUACCUCCCCCUAACAUCUCCACCAUCACCACGGUAACAAGACAAGAUGGGGACGGUUCCGGGCCUUCUGUAAAUGUAGAGAUUAGUUUAGACCCACCGGUAAUCACGAUGUCUGGCGUCACUGCAAUGAACGCUUCGUAUUUAACUCAUAGCCAACCAGAGAAGAAGCAUUUCCCGAAAGGGGAGCAAACCUAUGCACCCAGUCCUUCAUCAAAGAAUUCUACAUUACGCUCUGUGUUAUUGGACCAGAUGUCCUACCCACACCCUCUGCUGGGACGAAAACCUGCCAUAUCUCUGUUGUCCGGGAAAGCAAGCCACACCCCAAAUGGUGCCAUAUAUCCUGUGACACCAACUAUAUCAGACGAGGGUCCAGAAGAGGGGAAUCAACCACGGCCAGCGUCUGCUCCGGGAGUAGGCAGUAGCAGUCCACCUCAGAGAGAUAUCAUUCCGUUGUGUUGUUGUAAGAUUAACGGAGCCUGUGUCAGCAAGCUCACCAAACCUGUCAUUUACUGUCAGGCUCUGGAUUCUGUGGAUGGGAAGGUAAUGGGUUGUUGUAACAAAGUUUCCAGCCCUCAACUGGUCAGACCAGCGGUCAAGAUCCCCUUCAUGGCCGUCUGUGAGGUCCAUAGGAAGAGGCUGAAGCUGCAUCAGUGUUGUCCAGGCUGUGGUCACUUCUGUACGCAGGGUCCAUUUUACCAGUGCAGGAAAGAAGGCGGCUCCUCAAUUCAUCAUUUUCACAAAAGCUGUCAGGUCUUCAAGAACGGCAAAUAUUUCUGUCCCCAUUGUGGGGAGGAAUCGUUACAAUUUGAGGUCAACCUGCGGCUGAACGAGCCUCGGCACAUGACCAAGUUUGGAAAAUCAGAACACGACGUAAAGCAGACAAUAUCACGGGCAAAGAUGGGCAUACAUGCGAACACUUACAAAACACGAGAAAGUGACCUACCUGACAGUGUGUCUACGGCCUCAUACACAUUGGAGGGUAGUAACAAAACUUUCUCUACAGCUGGUUUGCCAUUUGGUCCAGAUCGUUACUCCCUUGAACGGAUAUUAUACCUCUUACCUCAGGAAAGACCUAAGAAAUACCGAGUUCUCCCCAAAUGUAUAUAUGGUCCAGCUAAAGAUGGGGAUUUGGACAAGGUGGUUUAUAUGCUGGUUGAAGGAAGUGAUCCUAACGAGAAAUUCCCUGACUUUGACGGUCACUGUGCUGUCCAUGCAGCGGGGAUUGGGGGCAGCCUACCUGUGCUACACGUUCUCAUACAGGCCGGAGGAGAGGUGAAUUGUAUAGACGGCCUGCUGAAGACACCGUUGAUGUAUGCCUCGGAGAACAGCCAUCUACCGCUCAUCAAAUAUCUUGUCAAGGCUGGUGCCAGUGUUCAUAGUCGGGGAGAAGAUGGAAUGACAUGUCUACAUUUAGCUGCCAAAGCUGGUCAUAUCGAUGUGAUGAGAUAUCUGCUACAUUUUUCUGAUAUUGAUAUCAAUGUUCAGGAUGAUGGUGGGUGGACCCCGAUAAUUUGGGCAGCGGAGCACCGUCACGUAGCUUCCGUCAAGUUCCUGCUCAGCCAAGGAGCCGACCCUAACUUGAAGGACCAGGAGGAGAACACGGGCUUACACUGGGCAGCGUUUUCGGGCAGUGUAGACAUUGCAGAGAUUUUCCUGAAUGCUGGCUGUGAUAUUGAGUCCCCAAAUGAGCAUGGAGACAGACCAUUGCAUAUAGCUGCUCGGCAAGACCAUUAUGAGUGUGUCGUGUUAAUCCUGGCCAGGGGUGGAGAUGUAGAGGCCAGGAACAAUGAGAAUGAACCGCCUAUAGGGUGCUGUUUGGAUCAGAAUAGUCAGGUUUGGAUGGCACUGAGAGUGAACAGACAGCUGAAAGGGUUUGCUGCUAAACGACUUGCCAGAACAGAACGCCUCAUUCACAGAGAUAUUACAUUAGGGAAGGAGAAUAACCCAAUUCCUGGUGUGAACGCCGUCGACGAAGAAGAGAACCCCACCGAUUAUUUGUAUAUCACAGAAAACUGCGAAACCACACCGCUAAAUAUCAACCGUACCAUUACCAGUUUACAGAGCUGUAAUUGUAAAGAUAGCUGCUCGUCCAAUAUGUGCAACUGUAGUCGAAACAGCGUCAAGUGCUGGUUUGAUAAGGAUGGUCGUUUAUUACCUGAAUUCAAUACGCUGGAACCGCCGUUGAUCUUUGAGUGUAACAGAGCCUGCAGAUGUUGGACGACUUGCAACAACAGGGUUGUGCAGAAUGGAAUCACGGUCAGACUUCAGUUAUUCCGCACCUGUAAUAGAGGCUGGGGUGUCAAGACGCUGCUAGACAUUCCACAGGGCUCAUUUAUAUGCGAGUAUAUAGGGGAGUUGAUCUCAGACUCGGAGGCAGACAGACGAGAAGACGAUUCUUAUUUGUUUGAUCUUGACAACAAGGACGGAGAGACGUAUUGUAUAGACGCCAGGAAGUAUGGUAAUAUCAGUCGUUUCAUCAACCACCUGUGCGAGCCCAACAUCAUCCCAGUCAAGGUGUUCGUAGAACAUCAAGACCUCCGCUUUCCUCGCAUCUGCUUUUUCUCGUCUCGACCAAUCAAAGCUCAGGAAGAACUUGGAUUCGAUUAUGGCGAGAAGUUCUGGAUGAUUAAGUGGAAACAGUUCACGUGCGCUUGUGGGUCUCCAAAAUGCAAGUACUCGUCGGAAACCAUCCAAAAAACGCUAGAGGAAUAUCGCCUACGUCACGAGGACGACGAGACUCCGCAACCAGUUUGAUUUCACUGUAAAAACUCCAUGAUGAAAGACAAUGGGCAAUUUGAUUUUGAAAUUCGGAGCUUUGUUAAUAUUUUUUUUAUGUUGUAAAAUGUCUUUAUUUUUAAAACGUUUAGUGUGUGGAAGCCAUUAAAGUGUUCGCAACCAUGCGGUAUGUGUCAAAACAGGAGUAGCAACAACAACAAGGGUUUCGUUUUCUUGUAUAACUCUGCCUUUUAUUCUGUUGGUUCCGAUAUGUAUAUUUUUUUUUUAAUCUUUAACGUUUAAUUUGAAUUUAAUCAUUUCACUGAAUGUAUUGUAAUGAAAUAUAUAGCGUCACAAUUUUACUGAUUUAUGUGUAACUCGUUGUAGUUUUUGUCAUUUCUUCCACACUGUCAAUAUCGUCCGUUUAUGUGUGCGUGAAUUCAUUUGCUGAGAUGUUCAGAAGCGUGUGCUAGGACGGUUUUAUCGUGGAAACUAGGUAGCAUUAAGUUCACUCUCAAGGACAGAUUCACAAUCAUGUAAAUACAGACUUGAAAUAUUUGCCCGAAAUGCUGUUGAAAACUUGCAUGUUAUUUUUUUUUUUUAGCUGCUAGGCUUUCAUAAUUAAGCGUAGGCGUCAGAUUUCUUUCAU